AUGUUGAACUUCUGUCAUCUCUCUGUCAAGAAGGCAUUUUGGUCAACAAUGUCAAAGUCAUCACUGCUUUGCUGCUCUCUGAGGAGCACCAGCUCUAAGACAGGAGGAAGAUCUGAACCUGCUAAGCAGUCACUUAAGAAACCGAAGUUACCAGUAGGUCGAUUUGAUGAACCAGAAGAGUCCAGUAUAGAGAGGGAACCCUUGGAAAAAUUCCCUGAUGGAAUCAAUCCUGCUACAAAAGAGAGGGGUGGACCUAAAGGCCCUGAACCUACACGUUUCGGAGACUGGGAGAGAAAAGGACGUUGUAUAGAUUUUUAA